AUGGUAGUUGCAUCAUUGAAAUUGAUUGGCAUCAUCAGAUAUAGAAUACCAUUUCUUUCAGAAAUUCUAUACCUCUUGCACAGUAUCAAAACGUCGAAACCGAUGGUGCCAUAUUGCUCCCGCACGCCGUACCCUGACGUGUGCAGCUCCAUGGUUAAUCUGUCCGACUCGCUCUUUGAGCAGUCGUCGCUAACUUGGAACGGAUUCCGUGAUCUCCUCCACCAGGCCACGCUCGAGAGGGCCAUCCUCGCCCACCAGCGGGCCGAGGCGAGGAACCCGAACCAGUUCGACGAGCCGGGGAGAUGGGCCUGGACUGACUGCGUCGAGCUGCUGGCUGAUACGGUCGGCCUCGUGAACCAGUCGCUAGUUCGCCCGGGUGACAACGCACAGACGUGGCUAAGUGCCGCCAUGACGAACCAGCGCACGUGCCGCGACGGCUUCCUCGAGCUCGGUUUGACGGCGCCGGUGAUGGACGACGGCGAGCUGACAGAGUCGAUCAGUAACUUGCUCGCCGUUAACAACGCCAUGCUGAUUGCCGCCGACGGGCAGCAUAAACGGCGUCGCCGUUUGGGGUUAUUGUUCCCGGAGUGGGUGGCGGCGGCCGACCGGAAGUUGCUGGCGGAGUCGGACGUGAAAUCGGAUCUCGUGGUGGCGAAGGAUGGCUCCGGCGACUACGAAUCCAUUGUCGAAGCCGUGGCGGCUGCGGCCAAGGCGAGGGGAAACAGCACGGAGAGGUUCGUGAUUCACGUGAAAGCCGGCGUCUACGAAGAGUACGUGGAGAUUCCUAAGUCGAUGGAGAAUUUAACGAUGACCGGCGAGGGGAUAGAUGCUACCGUGGUGACGGGGAACAGGAGCGUUAAAGAUGGCUACCGGACCUUCCAAACGGCCACCUUCGCCGUAUCGGGCAACACAUUCAUUGCCCGUGAUAUGACGUUCCAAAACACGGCCGGACCAGAAAACUACCAGGCGGUGGCACUUCGAUCCAAGUCUGACCACUCCGUUUUCUACAGAUGCAGUUUCAAAGGUUACCAGGACACCCUCUAUGUCCACUCCCAAAACCAGUUCUACCGAAACUGCGACGUCUACGGAACCGUCGACUUCAUCUUCGGCAACGCCGCUGUUGUUUUCCAUAACUGUAACCUUUGCGUGAGGCGGUCAAUGAGCGGCCAGACGAACACCGUGACGGCUCAGGGCAGGAACAACUCAGACGAGACCACCGGCAUAUUGAUCCACAACUCCAUCGUGGCUGCAGCGUCGGACCUCGCGCCGGUGCAGGGGUCGUUCAGGACGUAUCUCGGCCGGCCAUGGCGGGAGUAUUCGAGGACGGUGGUGAUGAAGACGGAGCUGGGAGGCUUGAUCGACCCAGCAGGGUGGUUGGAGUGGAAUGGCAGCUUCGCGCUGAGCACGUUGUACUAUGGGGAGUUCAUGAACACCGGCAUCGGCGCUAACACAAGUAGGAGGGUGAGUUGGGGUGGUUAUCGCGUGAUCGAUAACUCUUCUGAAGUUGAAAACUUCACCGUCGAAAGCUUCUUGUCCGGCGACUCAUGGAUACCAGCCUCCGGGGUUCCUUACACGCCGGGCCUAUAA